GGCAUCUUUCACAGGAGAGUCACCUCCGAGAGCAGAAGGCGGCGACGAGUCGUAAUGAAGGCCGCGGGCGGACAAAACGCGAAGGACACGCUGGAUCUGGCAUUCCAGAUAUCAAAUGUGCUCGAUACUGGGCUCGACCGCCACACUCUCUCGCUUCUCAUCGCUCUCCUUGACCGCGGCAUCAAUCCAGAGCCCCUUUCCGCCCUCAUCCGUGAGCUUUCAUCGCCGCCUACGCAAUCCCAUCCCUCUUCCAACUCUUCAUCUGUCGCCAAACCCUAGAGUCCGGGAUCAUACUUGCUUUUGUAUCAACCUUUCGUCAUAUAUCCUGGCUUUUCAAAGUGUCAACAUUUACUCAGGCGACCUCAGGAUAUGCUCAUAUGCUUUUAUUAGAUAAAUAUGUUAGCUUUUAUUUUAUGAUUUCCAUUUAUCGAUUCCUUCGUGAAUGUUUUUCUUUUGAUGCAUGUUUUUGUUAUCAAUAUUUAAAAUAGAAGGAAUUUCGCCUGUCUCGUGUUGUCAAAUAUGUAUCUUCUCUAAGGAUGAAGUCACUAACAUCAUUAAUUUCA